AUGGCUAACAACGUGACCGCUACCAGAGAAGCUACAAGGCGUACUCACACUUACAGUUUCCAUCGCGAAGGCUUGAUUCAGUUGGGGCAAUUGGGUGGAUUGAUCACUGGUCAUAAUAAAACUGUGUUCACUCAGAAUUAUGGAAACAUCUUGACUCUUUUGGACUCACACGUCGACGAAUGGGAGAAACCUGAUUUGGACAACAUUGCCAACGCUCUUUAUUUGAGCAUAGAAGACGUUCUUGGGAAUUGGAAGAAGAAUGGUAACACUCAUGGUUUCUAUAUGAGUUUCUUGGUUGAGAAGGCCCAAGAGUUGGCCAACAAAAAGAUGUGGGAGGCUUUCAACGCCCUUCUGGCCGUUUUGAUCUAUGGGAUCGUGAUGUUCCCUAACAUUCACAAGUUCGUUGAUCUAGCCGCUAUAUGUCUUUUCGUGGAUAAGAAUCCGAUCCCUACUUUGCUAGCCGAUACGUACUAUUCCAUUCACUCUCGAUAUGGGAAAGGGGGAGCCAUAAGAAAUUGUUUGUCGUUGCUAUACACCUGGUUUAAGUCCCACCUACCUACAAGUGGUCCUUUCAUUACUUCUACUCAGAAAUGGCCUCAAAGGAUCAUGGGGCUUACCGGAAAUGACAUUGUCUGGUGUCCCACUGGAAUGGACGUGGAGAAAGUUAUAACUAGCUGUGGUACUUUUGACAACGUUCCUCUCAUAGGAACAAAAAGUGUUAUCAAUUAUAAUCCUAAGCUAGCGCUGCGUCAGUUGGGUUUCGCACUUGAAGACAAGCCUUUGGACAAAGAGAUAUUCGAAUCCGUUUGCUUUGAAAAGGGAACCGAUCCAAAGGGUCUAGAAAAGGUGAGGAGUGCCUGGGAUAGCAUCCAUACGAAUGAUCAGAUUUCUCUAGGUGAAAAGAAUGCCGUUGCCAAACAAGCCUACACAGAUUGGGUUGAAAAUAGAGUUAAAGAUCGCCUGUUGCCUUUCCCGAAGGUUAACCCAUUGUACGAGCAACCACCUAAGAUUCCAAUUGCCACUGUGCCUGCUGAGAAUCGUACCCAGGUAGAUAUGGAAAGCACCCAAUUGCACGAAAAGAAUUCAGAUGCGCAAUCGAAACAUUGUCUUGUGGACCAGAAAAAGGUUGAGUUGACACACGAAGCCAAAAUGCUGAAUGGAGGAUCUUCCAGAGUUCAGAAGAGGGCUAGAACGGAAAAAGGUUUUAAUUUGAAUGUGGUACAGGGGCUGAUCUGGUUUAAUGAAGCAUGGAGUGCACAUAACUUAAAGCUUGAAGACAAAGAGCUUGGCCUCUUCUCUUUUGAACUGAUGUCGCUGCAACUAAUAGCUGAAACUAGUUUUGAAGAGUUCAGCAUAUGGCUUUAUGAUGUUGGCAUUUUGGUGAAAAUGGAGGUUCUUUUGCAACAAGAAAGCAAUAUGGUCAUGGGUGAAGGAAACUUGAGGCAAUAUAGUCGGGAAUAG